AUUUCUAUAUCUCUGUAUCAAUAUCAAUAAUGAUGAUAUUGAUAUGCUUUUCUUUAUUUCUUUAUUAAUUGAAUUUUUAUUUAUGGUUCCACUUUGUUACAACUCGCCAACCCAACUUUGUCAAAUUCGAAUCUUCUACUAUAUAAUUCAAUGUUUGGCUGAUUUUUCAAUUACUUAUUAAUUGGUUUGGCCUAACUCAUACUUUUGAUUUGUAGAAAUAAUAAAUUUUUUUCCCUAUCCCAUUUGGGAAAUUGGGAGUUAGGGUUUUGUUUUUCACCAAUUUUUUCUUUUGAUCUUUUCGUCAUCCACAGUUUUGGGUAUUUAGAACUUGUGAAAUCUCAUGCAAAUACCUGGUUUUUGAAUUCAGUUUUCUGAUCUUCAAGAUGGGUUUUGCGGUUUCGGAUGAUAUAUUGGGAACGUUUGUUCCGAUUGUGAUAUAUUGGGCUUAUUCUGGAAUUUAUGCUCUUCUAGGUUCUCUUGAGAAUUACCGUUUACACUCGAAGAAAGAGGAGGAUGAGAAGAAUUUGGUCUCUAAAGGAACCGUCGUUAAAGGGGUUCUUCUUCAGCAAGCCCUUCAGGCAAUUGUUGCACUUAUUUUGUUCACGGUUACAGGGAGUGAUGAUGGGGGCAUUACAGAUUCGAAGCCUUCUUUAAUUGUCCUUGCAAGACAGUUUGUUACUGCAAUGUUGGUCUUGGAUACUUGGCAAUACUUCAUGCACAGAUACAUGCAUCACAAUAAGUUUUUGUACAAGCAUAUCCAUUCCCAACAUCAUCGGCUUGUUGUUCCCUAUGCAUUUGGAGCUCUUUAUAAUCAUCCCGUGGAGGGACUUCUGCUUGACACAAUUGGUGGUGCCUUAUCUUUUCUCCUCUCUGGUAUGUCUCCACGAGCUUCCAUCUUUUUCUUCUCCUUCGCCACUAUUAAAACCGUUGAUGAUCACUGCGGGUUGUGGCUGCCUGGAAACCUCUUCCACUUGUUUUUUAGAAACAACACCGCAUAUCAUGAUGUUCACCAUCAGCUAUAUGGCAGCAAGUACAACUUCUCCCAACCAUUCUUUGUCAUGUGGGAUAGAAUACUUGGAACCUAUAUGCCUUAUUCAUUAGACAAGAGGGCAGGCGGAGGCUUUGAAGCUCGGCCUUCAAAAGAUUACAAGGAUGAUUGAUUGUCAUUUUAACAAACAUAAACUUAUUAUUAUUUGUACCAGUAUUUUUUUCCCUUGUGAGUGAACCACACUGCGUUUUUAAUCUGUAUAUAUACGUAUGUUGUUGUGUCUUUUUCCCUA